AUGAAUCCUAACGACUCCUCCCGGAAUGAUGAAGCCGUUGAUGAAAGUCUGUGGGAUUCACCAGCCAAACCUGCGGCAGAACCGUCCAAAGCAUCUGGAAAGCAUCCAAAUCCCUCGAGGCCCACGUACCAGGAACAAGAAGCCCGCGAAGACACUCUCCGCCAGGAAUUGCAAAGUGUGCGGCAGGUCAAUGAGGCCAUUGAAGGGGUGAUACAAAGUCUGGAAAAGGCGAAAGACAACAUGAAGACUGCAAACAAUACUGUCACCGCUGCGUCCACUCUGCUGAACACUUGGACACGCAUCUUGUCUCAGACGGAACACAAUCAGCGACUCAUUCUCGACCCAAACUGGCAUGGCGCUAGUCAAGACAUUGCCGAUAUCGAACAGGAAGUCCUGGAAAAGCAGCGCGCGGCCAAUCGACGAGAAGCUGAAGAGCAGGAAAGAAAGACGGCCGCAAUGAGACGAGCUGAAGAGGAGGAAAAGCGCAAAGCUGAAGCAGGUGCGAAACAAUCAAAAAUCACAUCGAGAGGCAGGCUUGGUACGACGGGAAGGAAUACCCCUUCGUCCUACGCACAAAUGGGAGGAUCCAGCGCAACCAGCGGCACCGGUACCAAGCGAGGGCCAGGCUUUACGAGAAGAACAACAUCUGGAAUCGGGCGAGGAAUGGCUGAUCGAGCGUCUCGAACACGGGGUUGA